AUGCUGUACUUCCAGGUGGUGAUUUUGGCAUCUACGGUGAUGCUGGUUUACUACUGCGAGUUCACAGACACUUUCAGUCCGGCACAGCAGGGCUUCAUCUGCAGAGACCCGACUUUAACUAAACCAGAUCCUGGACCUGAACAGGACAGCCGCAUACAGCCUGUCAUACUGUACUCUGUGGUGGGUGGACUGCCUGUUGUACUGAUUUCAGGCGUAGAGCUGGUUAUCUUCCUCCUUCACUACAACUCAAACAACCUGUACGACCAGGAGAAGGUUGUUGUCAUGGGCGACUGUUGCUACGUGAACCCCAUGUUGCGCAGGACCUUCCGUUUCCUUGGUGUGUACGUCUUCGGUCUGUUUACAACAGACAUCUUUGUCAACGCAGGUCAGCUGAUCACAGGAAGUUUGGCUCCUCACUUCCUGUCCGUCUGCCAGCCCAAUUACACUGCCCUCGGCUGCGAGGACGCAACACUCUUUGUCAGUCAAUCAGACGCUUGUACUGGUGACCCCGAUGACAUCAUGAGAGCCAGAAAGACUUUCCCCUCCAAAGAGGCCGCACUGAGUCUGUAUACAGCUGUUUACCUGGCAAUGUACGUCAUGUCCUGUGUCGGUUCCAGUGGAGGUCGCCUGACUGGCCCUCUCCUCAGCCUCUCAUUGGUCAGUCUGGCCGUGCUGACAGGCAUCAACAGAGUGGCCGAGUACCGCAACCACUGGAGUGAUGUUGUUGCAGGACAAAGCAUUGGAGGAGCUAUCGCUGUCUUUCUGGUGGUGUUUGUGGUUCAGUAUUUUAAGAAGAGACCUGUGAUUUCUCAGAGUCCCUCAGAUGCAGGUACAGCUAACACUGAAGAGGCUUCACACCAAAUGAAUCACAUCAUGGAAGCCAGCACGAAAUACAUUAUUACACAGAGCCAGGGAUCCUUCGCAGAAGUCACAUGA